AUGCAUGCUACUUUACCAUGGGUUAGACAAGACAUGGCUGUCUUAACUAAUCGUGAUAUCGGAUAUUGUAGAGCAGACGGCGUGGGUAAUGAGCGCUUGAGCUGUGUUUUGGGGCUUAAUGUUGGAGACGUGGGUAAUGCCUGUGUGCGAGCUGUGGUUUUUGAGGCUGGUGAUGGAGGCGUGGGUAAUGCCUGUGUGCGAGCUGUGGUUUUUGAGGCUGGUGAUGGAGGCGUGGGUAAUGCCUGUGUGCGAGCUGUGGUUUUUGAGGCUGGUGAUGGAGGCGUGGGUAAUGCCUGUGUGCGAGCUGUGGUUUUUGAGGCUGGUGAUGGAGGCGUGGGUAAUGCCUGUGUGCGAGCUGUGGUUUUUGAGGCUGGUGAUGGAGGCGUGGGUAAUGCCUGUGUGCGAGCUGUGGUUUUUGAGGCUGGUGAUGGAGGCGUGGGUAAUGCCUGUGUGCGAGCUGUGGUUUUUGAGGCUGGUGAUGGAGGCGUGGGUAAUGCCUGUGUGCGAGCUGUGGUUUUUGAGGCUGGUGAUGGAGGCGUGGGUAAUGCCUGUGUGCGAGCUGUGGUUUUUGAGGCUGGUGAUGGAGGCGUGGGUAAUGCCUGUGUGCGAGCUGUGGUUUUUGAGGCUGGUGGUGGAGGCGUGGGUUACAACAUCGCGCCUCGUACGGAAAAAUUCGUGCUCGCGUAUCAAUUAAUCCUAAAGUGUCUAGAUAUUUUUGAGGUGCAAUAA